AUGCAACAGCAACAACAAGCUUCAUUAGUUACGGUUAGAACGGUUACGCGCCGGAUAGUGAGUCAUCCAGGAAAUGAAAACCAACAGGAUAACUCACGAAAAUGUCAUACAACAGAUCAAGAUUUUCACAGUAAACAACAUUUGAAGGAACAUAAAGUUUAUUCUGAUGAUACACGGCAGGGAAGAAUAUACGAUGAUUUGUGGGGAGAUAGGGAACAUUCACAGACAGCCACUCGUGCCGUCAAAGAUUAUAAUGAAACUGUACAUCGGUCCUUUGAUAGAAGUUAUAGUUCACAUGAAUAUGUUGUGAGAUCAAUUAAAGAACAACAGCAUCAGCAGAGAACUCGUUCAUUAUCAAGAGAUAAUAGUCAGCGGUCAUCUCGGGCAAGAACAAAAGAAUGUCUUCGAAAAUGCGCGUCAAUUGAAUCCGUUUUAUCACAUAUUUUGGAUAAGGCACAUAAAUAUAAAACUAAAAAACAUUAUUAUGACACAAAUAAACGACAAUAUGGUAAAAGGCAGAGUAAUACCGUCUAUGAUUAUUCAACGGCAACAAGCGAUCAACACAAUUAUUCGGAUACCGAACAAUAUUUUCGCAUACCACAUGUAUUAACCAAGAAAUGUGAACAGUCAAUGGAAGAGAAUGUGAUGGAUAGUGACGAUACCUCAACUAAAACUAAAAGGGCCUAUGCAACGAUUAAUCGUGGCAAUAAUAGAAAGCGAACAGUCGAAGAAGAAAAAGAAUAUGAAAGUGUCGAAGAAAUCUACCAUCAACUAAAACGUGUUUCUAGAAUAGAUGACGCUCAUCAACGUUCAGCUUCCCACAGAACAUCAUCAAAACCGAUUGUUGCAACAACCGAAACAGAUAGAAUGAGAAUCUCAAAUGAAAAUUAUCAUAAAGAUUAUCAACAUCAAUCUCAAAAUAAUAUUGCUGUACAACCAACAGUUAUUCGUCAAGAAUUAUCAAUGAAUCAGGAUUAUUAUAAUGAUCAACAACAACGUGUAUUGCAACAAAAUAAUUGGUAUCCCGACGAAAUACUAGAUCAUCGUUUAGUCCCCACAUCUCAUGAAUAUUUAUCAAGAUCAACAACUCAGAGUGAAGGUGGUUUCACCACGACAAGUGAAAAUUAUGAACAGCGUGAACGGCAGCGUUUACAUCAAACUCGAACAAAAGAUCGUUCAAUUCCGAUACGCAUUGCCUCUACAAGUUCCAUACCAGAUGAAAUAGACGUAAAAUAUCAAGCAUUCGAUAAUAGUUCCUCAAUGUAUUGUGAAAAUACUUUUAUGUCUGAGAAACACGAGCGACACUACGUAUCACAAUCGGUGGAAAAUUUGUUGUUGCCAAAACAACACAUCGAACAAGCUGAACAUCAUAGUACAUCACAACAGUCCACAUAUGGGGAACAUGAAACAAAAAUAAUUGAAGAAGUAAUCGAAACAUUAGUAGAUGAGCUGCAAUUAUUGAUAGAUAAAACUGAUCGCAGCACAACGAUUAUGAAAGAAAAGCAUAGCAAACCACAGAUUUAUUCUCCCAGGCCUACAAGACCUUUAUUAGGCGAAUAUGAACUGAGAAUUAUUGACCAAUCGAUUGGAGCCAGGAAUGAGCUACAAGUCGUGUUUCCCAAACAACAACCAGAGACUGAAUAUCAAUCGACGUUACAAGUACAAGCUAAAAAUCUCACCGUAGAUAAUCAGUAUGGUAAAAUGGCUGAUGAACAUUUGUUUACAGUCCUGGAUUCAAAAUUAGAAGUAGCUACAACAGAAAAUAAAGUCGAAUUUGUUAUACCGAAACCGAUAAGAGAUAAUAUCGCGCAUAUUGAAGAACAUUCGACAACUGUUUUCAAAUCAAUCGGUGAUGUAGACCGACACUUUGUACGUAGCAGAAAAAUAAGCAGCAGCUCUGAUCAAUCGAGUGAUUAUGGAGAAGGACAUUCCAAUCAAAAUGUGGAUGUUAAUAAAAGUAUAUAUAUAUACGAAACAGAGGAUACCGGAUAUGCGAGUGGCGGUGAACAUUCGACAACAUAUGUUCAACAUGUUCCAGCAAAAUUUGAACCGAUCGAUUUAGUCAUUGAUAAACCAAAAAUACAACCAAGUAUAUCGAAAAUAAUUGCCGAUAUUCAAGGUCAGGCACAAAUAACAUCUAUACGUCCAACAAAAAUAAUUCAACAAGAAGAUAGUUCUGUCGAGUUGAUGAUGGAUUUAAGUAAACAACCAGAACAAUACGACGAAAUGGAAGUCAUAUUAGAAAAACCAAAGAUACGCGAUAGUUCAAGUAAAGUUCUGGCCAACAUACAACCGGGUCUCGAAUUGAAGUCAAUACGUUCAACUGGUGCUCUUGAUCAAUUACAAGGGACGGAAAGUAGCUCAUCGUUAACAAUGCAAAUGAAAGAAGAUGAAGACGAAACAAUGGAGUUACGAAUAGCGAAACCACGUGUCCAAGAUAGUUCAAGUAUUCUGAUAGCAGAUAUUCAAGGUGAACUGGGUGUUCAAGGUAAGUUAAUUGCAUCCAGUUUACAACAAGAAGAUUCAUCAACAGCAAUAGUCAUGGAUUUAUCAACACAAAAACAAGAGCAUGCACCAUUCGAAUUAAUUAUACCCAAAUUUGGUGUUGAAAAAUCAACGAGCACUGUGGUUGCACAAGUUGCUCCAACACUAGCCGGAAUAAAAACAACCAUUAGCGUACCCCCAUCCGAAAGUUCAUCUAGUCUCUUUUUGGAACAACGGUUAGUUCCCGACGAACUCGUUGAUAUAAUCCUACCUAAACCUAAAAUUGGAAGUAGUUCAACAACCGUUAUUGCUGAUGUAUCAGCUAAAUUAGAAACAAAAUCGAUUCGAGCUACU